UCAUUUUUUCUCGUUUUCAUAUGUGAUGCUUCAAUUUGAAAUGCGUUCAUUUGGUCCGGUCUAAAUCUGUAACAAAAUACGAUUAUUUGCUGUACUUAAAUGCUUUGCACUUUUGCACCAGUAAGACCUUUUAUUUUUCAUCAUAUUCAUAUGGUCGCUAAAACGGUGAUUCAACUGUGGUUUUAUUUUCAGUUUCAGGUAUGGUUCGAAGAUUAAGUCAAUAUGUUAAAUAUACUCCAAUGGUAAACAUCAUGUAGUGGAUAGUGUCUUGGUUGUAAAAUUAGUUACUACAUUAGCCACAUUUAAAACAAUAUUUGAGCGACCUUUGACCUAAAAUUUCAAAUCAACGGUGAAAUCUGACCUGAACAUGACAUAAAUAGUGAAAUAAAAUCAAAUAUCUUCUUUCGUUUUUGCUUAUUUGUUUAACAAUCCUUGUUUUUAUGAUCAGAACUUUCGAAUUAAACAGUGUGCGUCUCCGAAGUUAAGAUUCACAAAAUUGCAUUUUAAAAAACAGGUAAUUCAAACUUAGUAACUGUCAAAUCCUGAGUUAUUAUUUACCAAUUUCCUCCUGUAUUAUUAGAUAUCUCAAAUAAUAUAUUUCCUUGUCAAAACUCAAAACUAUCGGAAGUCUAUCGGAGCCAGUUGUCUCAUCAUAAUUUUGCUGCCCUCAAAAUCUCAGUUAUGGAUUUUGGACAUAUGUAUGGACUUUAUGGCCAUUACGUGGCAUCUGUGCCUUUGAUUGUGUUCAUGACAAUGUCUCUUAUGGUCCAGCUGACUGCGUGUUCCACUCACUGGGUCUUAUCGGACGACGGAAGACUCAAAUCAGUGGACUUCUCGCCUUACGUCAUGCGUGAUUCGGGCGACCUGAUCAACCUCAUGAAACAAGAACAGCGAGUCGGUGAAAGUAUCCAUUUGGAAAAACAGAAAGAGAAACUUAUGACAGAGCUUCGAAUUAUGACUUUGAAAGCCAACGAUCAGAGGCUUCAGAGAAAAGCAGAAAGUUCCGAUGAUCCCGAUGCCUACGAUGAAAAUGAUGCUCAAAGUGUUCAAAAAAAUUGCGCGCCGAUGUUUAGCGAGGGGAAAGAAAAAGAGCGUAGCCUAAUGGAGCUGGACCAUUAUUACAGUAUUACUCUGCCGCUAGCAUUGUUUGGCAUCUCGCUCUCUGAGCACCUUGGGACGUACCACAAGGCCUCGCUGACUCCGCAACCGCCCAACUGCGGAGAGCACAGACAGCUCACCCACGUGAACAAUAUCCACCAGUUCACAAACUUAAGGGGCAUGAAAGAGAGUAAGGACUUCGUGUUGCGUCCAGAGCCCUCUCUCAGGGCCAUUUUCAGUCACCAGCCUCUGGACCAAGUCGGACACAUCAUACAAAAAUCACUACAACAGAAUUCGGAGUCAUGGGUGACAUACAACCUGGCUACCCUGUUCUGGCGCAUCAAGGGCAACUCCCAAGAGGCCCUCAAGUGUGUCAGUCAUGCCAUAGAUCUAUCCCCAGACGACGCUCUAGCAAUCUCUCUACUGCACAUGGCUGCCAUUCUGCACAAGCACUACUACCACGCAGAUGGUCAGUUUGUAGCUUGGGUGGCCCUGGAGAACUGCAAGGAGAGGGCGAAAGGGUUCAUCCACAUGUUCCUCGCUAAUGUCCAGUGUCUUCCGACUCUGAACCAAUUCGAUAACUGUGUGGAGAGUCUGAACGCAAUCCUUCAAAGUGAGAACUUCCAGCUGGACGAGACUAAGGGACUCACUCUGCACUCUGGGGUGAAGGAGAAAAUAAAGGCAGUGCAAUGUAUUCGCCACUUCAGAGCCAUUGCUAUCCUUCCCGAAAACGUUGAGAGGGAGCAGAGUGUUCUGGCAGAGAUUGUGGCUAAAGAGAGGGAACUGCAGACUGUCUCUGAGGAACUGUCGGAGAAGCACAAAGAAAUUGAGUCGUUCAAGAUCUCAGACGAGGAAAUCCUGAUGAAGGAACAUUACUACAGAAUGUACACGAACAAACAGUUCAAUCAGAUGAUGGAAUUUGUCAAAAAAGUCAAGAGCACAACCCAAGGUACGAAUGCACUGUUGCAUAGUCUGAAUCCAAACAUCAAUGUGGAACAUCUUAGGGACAAACGCACACGCAAUGAGCAGCAGUGGGGAUCUUUUGACUUACAGGGAGACGAAAAUGUGCCAAGCUUGGAACAUUUUAAAACAGAUGACGCAAAUGAGAACGUUGUGUCUGAACUUCUCACUGACCAACCGACUCAACCUUCUAAUUCAGCCGAUGGUACUAAUUUACAUGAAGAUAAUACUAAUUAUAAAGAUAUCAGAAAAGAUGCCAAACAAAUAUGGCAGAGGUCAACUGAAGGGUCAAGCUUGUUGGAGCGCGAGCGACUUGUGCAGUUCAAUGAUGAAGUGUCACGUGAUUUGGCAGAGAAGGGAGGAUGUGAUCACGUGAAGGGUGUGACGACAGUGCACGUGAAUAAAUUCAUGAAGGCGUUUCCCACAAUUUUCAUCCCUCUGCCAGUUGUCAAUUUUAGCAUCCUCGACUCUCUGACUACUUUAAUAAAUGUGCCUUCCUCUGGGCACCAUCCCCUACCCUGGUACCCACCCACUUGUCCUCCACCCCGCCCUCAGGACUCAAGUGAACAAUCAGAGAGGGAAGAGGAAGUUUUGGAUUUCACAGCCAUGUUGGGAAAGUGGUCCAAAACUUCUUCUAACUACGAAGCCGAAAGUCAUCUCAAACAUCACUUGAUGGAUUUGUUCACGGGAAAUGGAGAUGAGAAGGAGGAAGUCGACGUGAUAUCACUAGGAGAAGUGGGUCAGAGAAUCGAAGCUGCCAUAGAAAAGCAGUUGGAACCUGCCUGGGCUAUUAUGAACUAUGCCUCUCUCUACUGGCGAGUGACGGGACACCCCCUCAAUGCUCUUCAGUGUCUAAACUACGCUUAUGCUACAUCUCCCAAACAGUUCAGAGACAUCAUCAUGUCCAAUGUAAUGAACGUGCUAUACCGUGCCGAAAGAUCCGAAGAUGUGUUACAUUUGGCCGAUUCGGUCGAGAGGAAGAUUUCAACACAGACCUAUCUCUCCCCCCGUGUGUUCUACUCAUUAGCACUCGCCUUUGUAGCCGGGGGUCAAUAUAGAGAGGCGGAGCAUUUAAUGGUCGAAGGGGGAUCUUUGGAGAGUGAUCAAAAGCAGAGAGACCAGAUGAAAACCUAUGUGUUCUAUAUUGCGUGUCAACACUUACACGUUGCCGAACAGUGCCUUAGUAACAACGACAAAUCUUCUCCUCAAUGUCAGAAUGCACAUGCAGUAGUGCAGUCUACAUUAGACGCGGACUGUGAUUGUGCGCAUCUUUUCCCGGAAAUGGUUCCUUCUCAGAAAUCAGCAGCUUCAAUGUCUGUACAAAAAAGUGAUGGCGGCGGAGACUUAUUUGCAGCGCAAAUCAGCAACAACAAAUGCGCUUCAAACCUUCAUUUUUCUAAAAAUGGCAACUGGGCCGGAAUCAGCCGGGGUGUUUGUGGCAGUCAGCUGCACAAACCUACUGUUCCGGAUUUCGUCACUGGCGCCCAAUUGUCGCCCGAAAUCACAUCCCGCAGAAUAGACUACGCGAGUCCGGUGGAAACUAGAGCCAUCUGCGAGCAAAGGGGAGACGUACACUCGUGUAUGUAUUUCCGAAAACACGAGCUGGGAACUCCGAGUUGUAAUCACCCGAGAGCAUGUGAUCCGAAGGUGUUCAACGAUGCAUCACAGACUAUUAUAGCAGACGGCUCCCUGGCGAUUGAGAUCUACGGCAAGGAUCUCUAUGACGUAGAGUUCAUGGCAGUAGUGGACAGCAGAGAGACUGUGGAGAUGAUAUUCUACAUGGAGGAGGCUCUAGCUCAACCAUUCGACCUCGUGAUGACAAUUUUCUACCAAGAAAGAGCUAAAGCGUCACCUGAACUUCCUCCUCGAGUCAUUACGUCAUCAUCGGAACUUUCUCAAGAUCACGAUUUUGACGAGGAUUUCGACGACGAAGAAGACGAACACCAUGCAAUAGAAGCGGAAGAAGAUAUCUCGGAGUCGAAAGGCAGUUCCGAGAGGACAUCGAGGCAAUUAAAUAAGGAUUCGCCGUCGACAGACUUCGACGAGAAACUAGUGGGUGAUAAGGCUGUGGGAGGAGUUGAUGACCCCAAGUGUCCUUCAGGGUCUGUGGGCAAAUGCAAUAACGGGGAACCUUCGAAACCCGAGCCAGCAACAUACAACUUCUGGGCUUCUAGAGGCGAAGUCUGGACGCAAAUGACUUAUGAAUUGACCAAGUAUUGUGAGCUAGAAGCUUCACUCUCUAGGAAAAAGAAAAAAUCAUCAGGUGGUGUGAACAAUGCUACGACUGACAGAAGUGACGAAACAGGAAUGGGGAGGAAUGAUCAGGAUAAUCUGAAACGUGAACAAGUGCAGUCUGUGCCUAAGCUGCACGACCUCUCAAUCAUGUUCACACCAACAACUCCCACUGCCGAUGUUAUGUUCCAGAGUAUUCUGAUGACAGAGGAAGACUGUGAGACGUGGCCCCAUAAUUCAGUAUCCACUGCUAGUUCCCUCAUACAGCCUUCAGUCUUCAAAUACAGGGUAGAAGGUUUCAUAGACUGGCAUGCACAAGUUCGACCCAGCAGAGUCACCCACCUGCCAGUAUGCACAAACACAAUAGGCCUCUCUCCCAUAGACGGAUUCGCAGGUGUGAAACAGAGGAAGGCCAGUGCAGCCCACUAUAAACCAGAGAAGACUCUCAGAGACGCAUUCCUAGCCAUGGCAGAUUACCAGUUGUCACUUCAGCAGAUGGCUUCCAAGUUAUCGCAGGCUUUGGACGAUGAUGCGGAUUCUUUCGUGCUGUUGAACUUGGCAGUGACUUACUGGAGGAUUGUGGGGGACUCGAAGCGAGCAAUAGACUGUAUUAGACAGGCACUCUACUACUCACCCAUGAACACAAAGCCAAUGGCCUGGAUAUCUCUGGCAAAUAUCCUCCAGAGAAGCGGCUUCUUAGAAGACGCUCAUUUUUUCAGUCUCCUCUCCUUGCGCACUUUCCCCUCGUUCGCAACUUACGCAACCACCGCCAACAUCAGAGCCACCCAGCACGCCUGGCCAGAUGCACUGGCGUUCUACGAGGGAGCGAGACAGUUGAAUCCAGACAUAAGAGAGGUUGUAACUGAUAUGAAGACGGUUCAGUGCCUCAAAAUGCACUCGGAGACACCAGCGACUAUAAAUUGAUAGUAAUAGCUAAUUUGUUUUCAAGACUUCAACAAGAAUGCUCAUACUUUAACUAAAGUUUUAACACAAUUCAUCAUGACAAGCAACUGAAAUGCAUCUGUGAAAACAAUUGAACUGGAGGCAUCGGAAAAUUGGUUUCGUUCAGAGCCUUCAGUAUGAUUGUUAUUAUCUUAUUUUGUGCUAAGCAAUCAAACAGAAACCAACACUUUCAUCAACGAAAAUAAUUGGAGAAAGAAAACUUUUUUGAUGUUCUGUCUAAAGGUCAACCAUUUUAUACAGCAGCAAAUCUAUUUCGAAUAAUGCAAUGACUCGCCGCAGUGAUGCGAAAAAAAUUCUCCUUAUCAAAAAAUCAUUGUGCUGUCAAUUAUUUUGUGUAAAACGCAGUUGGUGAUUUUUAGUGGAAAUCACGCCUUCGUAAUAUAUCAAAAAGUAAUCAAAAUAGGUUCGAAAUAAGA